CGUGUCCGGAAGUAGCUCCGCUCGCGUCUCAUGUCUCCCGGAGCUCCCGGGACGAGGCGCUGUUGUGAAGUCGUGUUCCGGCCGGUGUGAGGGCGGCCCGGAGAACCCCGGGGGGUCUGAACCAUGGGGCUCCUGGCGACGGUCCGGAAGGAGUGGUUCAUCAUCGGCAUCGUGCUCGUCAUCCUGUCCGCCAAACUGCAGCCCAGCGUCGGCGUCAGAGGGGGGCCUCUGAAACCAGAGAUCUCCGUGGCCUACGUCGCCGUCUCGCUCAUCUUCUUCAACAGCGGCCUGUCGCUGAAAACAGAGGAGCUGACCAGCGCUCUGCUUCACGUGCGUCUCCACCUCUUCGUCCAGUCCUUCACGCUCGUCUUCUUCCCGCUGGUCGUCUGGCUGCUGCUCAAAGUGCUCGCCCUCACCGCCAUCGACCAAUGGCUGCUCAGAGGGUUACAGACGGUGAGCUGCAUGCCCCCCCCUGUGUCCUCAGCGGUGAUUCUCACAAAGGCCGUCGGAGGCAACGAGGCUGCUGCCAUCUUCAACUCCGCGUUUGGAAGCUUCCUGGGAAUCAUUGUGACUCCAGGGCUCCUGCUGCUGUUUCUCGGCUCCUCCUCCUCCGUUCCCUUCUCCUCCAUCUUCUCUCAGCUGUUCAUGACGGUGGUGGUUCCGCUGGUCCUGGGUCAGGUGUGUCGGCGUUUCCUCAGGGAAUAUCUGGAGCGCAGAAAGCUCCCGUUCGGCGCCGUCAGCAGCGGCGUCCUCCUCAUGAUCAUCUACACCACCUUCUGUGACACCUUCAGCAACCCCCACAUCGAGCUGGACCCCACCAGUCUGCUGCUGGUCGUCCUCAUCAUUUUCUUCAUCCAGCUCAGCUUCAUGCUGCUCACGUUUGCCUUUUCAACCAGGUCAGGCUCAGGGUUCAGUCCUGCAGACACCGUCGCCAUCGUGUUCUGCUCCACACACAAGUCUCUCACCCUGGGUAUCCCAAUGCUGAAGAUCGUGUUCGAGGGCUACGAGCAUCUCUCUCUGAUCUCGGUUCCUCUGUUGAUUUACCACCCGGCUCAGAUUCUGCUCGGCUCCGUCCUCGUGCCGACCAUCCGGAGUUGGAUGACCAGCCAGCAGAAGGCGCUGAAGCUGUCGACUCUUCAGCCCGUCUGAAGCAAACGUUCCAAUGGAUCAACGUGCCUUAUUACGAACAAUCAGCCUCACCGGGGGGGGGGGGGGGGGGGACACCUCAGAUACUAUGACAACAAAAAUGUCAUUUUCAUGAUAUGUAUUAUUUUAUAUUUCAAAGAAGAAGAAAAAUAUUAUCUUUUUUUUUAUAUGAAAUACCUGCAAAAAGAGCAUAUCUGCUGCAUUUGGAUAAUGUCCCCCCCACCCCCCACCCCCCCUCUCGACUGGAGCAGCAAGGACUGAGUUCUUUCUAAACCUCUCAUGCUGUUUUCUACUUUUUUCUACUCUCUUCAGCCGUUACUGCCAGAAAAUGAGGACAUGUGUUACAUUUAUGAUUUGUUAGAAACAAACUAACCCUGAAGUCUGAUGUUAAAUAUCAAGAUAAGAAUGGCUUUAGUUUCUGAUUCAAAAUAUGUGUUUGUUUGUUGGCAAGAAGACCCGAUGAUCUGUCUGAAUAACGAAGCUGUGACGUGAAGGCAAUCGGGCGAUCUUUCCUCUCUGUAGAUUCUCUUUUGUAACGGUUAUCGGUCCUCAUUCAUUUCUACGCAGAUGAUACCUUGUUCUAUGUGAGCGAUAUUGGGAUUUCACCAACCAGGAUCACAUUAUGACCAUGCUAACAUGCUAAAUGUUUAACCGGCAUUACCUUAAACACCAUCUUCUGUUAGCCUGCUAACCGUUGCUAAUCAGCACAAGUACAACAAAGUACGGCUAAGGCUUGUUUAAGGACAAUAAAACUACGUAUUGGAGGAAAGCAAUUUUUGCCCAGAUGAGGGCCACAAACGUUGUUACGGGUCAUCCUCAGGGGACCUUGAAUGUAUGAACCAAAGGUCAUGGCUUUCCAUCCAAUAGUCCAGAUGUUGACUACCAGGUUUGUCAUGUCGAUAUUUUGAAGUAAAAACUGUUACGGGAGAAUUCAGGGAACCACCCAAGUAAUCGGGCUUUGUCAUGGUGAUCAGAGCUGGAGCUGAUCCAUCCACUCACAUGGUUCACCGCUCUCUGAUGUGACCAAAUGGACAUUAACUUUUGGACAAUGAACAAAUAAAAUGGUUCACUUUG